UGAUUAUUAAGAGCUUUUUUUUUUUUUUACUGUCCCUUUCAAAGUAAAUAUAAAAAUAUCUUCCAUAACAUACGGGAUUUCGUUUAAACAGUUUAAAAAGCUUUCUUUUCUCUUGUUUUAAUUUCUCUUCAGAUAACAGCUCGCUAAUCCCAUGUUUCCUGUGCAUAAAACAGUAUUGUACUUAAUAUUUUAACACUGAUAUCGCUUAAAACAUGACCCUAGAGUGGUAGAUGUAUUGUUUACGCGGCGCCUGGGCCACGCCUAUUUUACGCAAACCUUUGAACUCCUGUCCAAUCACCUUCCAGUUCCCAGCACGGCUCAUGAAUGAAAAAAAACAUGACUUUUUAAUACUACACCGAGAGACUGGUAGAUGGUGCGGAGGUUUAGGUGGAGAAUAUUGACAGAAAACCCGUGAACCUCAACAAAUCUCCUAAAAAGGACUAUUUUUCCUCCUUCGAGUCAUCAGAGUGACCAUGGCGCGCGCCGGGACCCUGCUGCUGCUGAUGUCACUGCAGUUAGUCCUGAUCAUCUCUGCGCAGAGGGGGCCAGUUGGUCCAAGAGGACCACCUGGACCUCCAGGGCCUGCUGGGUUUCAUGGGGUUGACGGCAUUGAUGGUGACAGGGGACCUGGCCCUGGCCCAGAUGGCCCCCCAGGCCCUGAUGGAGACAAUGGCAAGGAUGGAUUAAAUGGCCUUCCGGGAAAACCAGGAGCGGAUGGUUUGACUGGGCCCCGUGGUGACCCUGGCCCUGUUGGCCCUCCUGGACAGAAAGGUGAACCCGGUGAGCCGGGAUCAAGGGGAGCCCCUGGUGUUGGAGAGGAUGGUGAAGCUGGUGCUGAUGGGGAUGAUGGAUUACCUGGAGAGAUGGGCAAAGUUGGACCUCCUGGAAGCCAUGGACCGAGAGGUCCUGCUGGUGUGCCAGGAUUGGCAGGGCCUAGAGGCCCUCCUGGAGUCUGGGAUGGUAAGGAGCUGUGUGCAAAUGCCUGCACGUCUGGCCUGACUGGUUACACAGGUCUUCCAGGCAUGAAGGGCCACAAAGGAGUCAAAGGUGAAUCAGGUGAACCAGGAAGACAAGGACAUAAGGGUGAAGAAGGAGACCAGGGAGCACCUGGAGAGCCAGGAGCACAAGGAACUCCUGGUCCACAGGGUCUCCGAGGAAUCACAGGGAUGAUGGGCCCUAAAGGGGACAGGGGAGCUCGUGGGAAUGUUGGCGACCUGGGCUCUCAGGGUAUUCAGGGCGCUCCUGGUGAUCGGGGUCAGAGAGGAAAAGUAGGUGAGACUGGACCAAAAGGAGCUCAGGGACCUCGGGGGUUGCAGGGACUUAUGGGUUUACCCGGACCAAAAGGAGAGACUGGUUUGCCUGGGGUGGAUGCUCGAGACGGCAUUCCAGGACUGCCUGGAGUGAAGGGUCUUCCUGGGAAAGUUGGCUCUCCCGGUGAGGCUGGACUUCAGGGAUUUCCAGGUUUGCCAGGCAUUCCAGGAGCUAAAGGCCACAUGGGUGCAAAAGGAAAUACUGGUGAUCCAGGUGUGGCAGGUCUGAUUGGAAAUAAUGGAAAAACAGGUGAACGUGGCGAGCAGGGAGAGGUGGGACCAGUCGGACCAAGAGGUGGGCCAGGUGAGAGAGGAGUGAGAGGUCCUGAUGGGUCUGCAGGCAUGCCAGGUGCAAGGGGAGCUAAAGGAGAUCCGGGCCUUCCUGGUCUUCCAGAUCAAAAUGGCGCUGUUGGUCUCACUGGUCCAAAAGGAGAACAAGGACCACCUGGUGAAGAGGGAACACCUGGAGAAAAAGGAGAUGUUGGUGAUGAGGGAGAGCCAGGCGAGAAAGGAUCGACAGGAAAACCAGGAGAGCCAGGAAAUAAAGGGCCAGAGGGUGGGCGUGGCCAACAUGGACCAGAGGGUCCAGAAGGGAGGCCUGGCCCAAGAGGCAUGCAAGGAGACAGUGGGGUACCUGGACUGCCUGGGGCACAGGGACGACCAGGCCGAAAACCAACAGAUGAACACAUCAAGCAGGUCUGCAUGAGGGUUUUGCAUGGACAGCUUGCCCAGUUGGCAGCCAGUCUGACAAGGCCAGAGUCGGGCAUCACUGGGUUGCCAGGUCCUCCUGGUCCCCCUGGCCCUCCAGGGCCCGCUGGAAACAAUGGCUUCAAUGGGCAUCCUGGAAGAAGAGGACUGCCAGGUCUCAAAGGGCCCCCAGGGCUCAUGGGGAGGAAUGGGCCCAAAGGUGACCAAGGUGACAGGGGAGAUAGAGGGCCCACAGUGGUGGGGUCUAAAGGUAUACCAGGACCACCAGGGCUCCCAGGUGAGCCUGGGAAACCAGCAUAUGGCAGUAAUGGUCGUGACGGUCUGAGAGGACCACCAGGUGUUCCUGGAAUGCCAGGUGUGCCCGGGCCACCUGGUCCCCCUGGACCUAAUGGAUACUGUGAGUCAUCUCAGUGCAUACUUCAAGAAGUUCCAGGUCUGACGUCCAUCAAAGAGUCCAACAUGAAGGGACCAGAUGGUCUAUGAGCUGACAACCAUCAGCGAGCCACACAUCAGAGCCCAGCGUCUCUGGACAGGGAGACUUGAGAGACUAAUGGAGUGACUCCCUCUACGAGGAGAUUUCUGCAUUGAUGGUAUAUUCAGGUGUGAUUGUACUUGUCAAACACCAGUGUGAAGUUGGAUCAAUUCAUGUUAGGAUUCCCAGUUUUAUUCAGUCCCCUUAAACAUUAUUUUUUGGACAUACUUUUUUAUAGUUCUAAUAUAUUUAUUUUAUGAAUCAAAUUAAACCUAAAUUGCCCCAUAAAUAAUGUAAUUAUAGCUUGCAAAUAAUAACAUGCUCCAAUUCAAUUUUAUUUGAAUAUACUUUAGGUCCUGGAUGCAUACAGUACGCAAAAUAAUGCCGCCAUGACCUGGUCACUUUACACAUUAAAGGCUGUUGACAGGACUUUAAAUCAGAAGGGGUCCUAAACUUUGUAAAUUUGUCAAUAUUGCAUUGUUAAAAAAUAAUUUGUAAUUAUAAAAUCGUUUUCAGGUUGUUUUAACCUUAGAGACAUUCUCAGAUUUUGUGAAAAUGUAUGUGGUUCUUUGCAGGGGGGGGAGAGGUCUUGAUGUUUAAACUAUUUAGAAAUUUUCUGUAUUCUUUAUUUAUUGUAGAAAGGAUUGAUGCGGCACCAGCAGUUGUGAAAAGGGAGAAAAAUAAAAUAAUUUUGAUAAAGUGCUGUAUGUUUUUAAUUUUAAAGUUAAAAUCAAGCUCGUAAGAGACAAUAUGUUCCUUCAGUGUAUCUUUAUUGUACUCUCAAAUUGGCAAACUUGUAGCAACUUGUCUCUCACUAUACUAAAACACAUAUCCAAUUAUAUAAAUAGGUGCUUUAACAGUACACAAUCAAAUACCACACAUAAAUCAAGUAUCGAAAUAUUAAGUUACGCACAUCAAAUAAAAAGGCAUAAAAAUAUUGCAGACAUUGAGGUCCAGUUUUAAGCCAAAACACAAACAUCACACUAUCGACAUGGCAGUAAUAGGUAAACAAAGUUUGGGUAAACAACAAAAACUAGAACCCCACCCUUCAAUAUAUUUAUGUAAAGAGAUUUUAUUUUCCUCUAUUUUGUUUUUCCUCUCUUCCUGAUUUUUUUCUGCAAAAGACAUUGAGAAACCUCUUUAAAAUGCCACUGAGAACUCCUCCACCAGACGGUGUCUUUCUGCUGUAAUAAGGCAUUUAUUUGAGAUCUUUUUGGAGGGAGG